AUGGCGUAUGCGCGGCCCAGUGGUCCACGGCGCGGCGGCCCGCAGCAUGAGCUGCUGGAGAAGACGGCGAACCUGACGCGGGGCGGCCCGGCCGCGGCCAGCGACGGCGGCUCGGGCUCCUGGUGCUGGCGACGGCUCUUCCGGAGAGGCGCCGCCCCCGGCUGGCGCAGGACGAAGGCCAAGUACACGCGGCCCGGCCCGGCGGCCCCAGAGCGCGGCCUGUGGGGCCACCCGCGCCUGCAGAGGCUGCUCCAGAGGCUGGCGGCGUGGCGGGGCCGCUACCUGCGGCGCAGAGAGAAGCCCGGGAGGCUGGAGGAGAUCCCGCUGCUGGGACUGGGCCGCGUGCGCGGCGCCGACUAGGGGCGGCCGCGGCUGCCGACCACGCGAGGCCCCGUGCGGGUGGCCCGCGGGCCCCUAAGGCCGCCCCAAGCCCCCAGAGCAUUGGCUUGGUUUUGUUUAUAAAAGAUGAGAAAUGAAAAUAAAUCGGACACCAUAUAAUGGAAAACAGACUUCUGGGGUAU